AUGGAUCGCCACGGGAAGAAAGAUCACGAGCUCGCCGAGAGCUCGGAUGAGAAGCCCAUCGACUCUCAGCUCGAGCAGGCGCAGAUGCUUGCUGAUCUGCCCGAUCCCGACGCCGGAAAGUCUGCAGAGGAGCGUGCCGCCAUUGACAAGAAGCUCAUGUGGAAGGUCGACCUUUGGCUAGUCCCCUGGCUAUCCCUCCUUUACCUCCUCUCCUUUCUCGACCGAACCAAUAUUGGCAAUGCGCGUCUCGCCGGCAUGGAGGAUGACCUCAAGAUGAGCGGCACCGACUACAACAUGUCGCUCACCAUCUUCUUCAUUAGCUACGCCGUCUUCGAGCCCGCCACCAAUGCACUGCUCAAGCGCCUCACACCCCGCAUCUUCUUCACUGGAAUCAUCAUCGUCUGGGGCAUGAUCAUGACGCUCAUGGGUCUGUGCACCAACUUUUCCGGUCUCCUUGCGGCCCGCUGGUUCCUCGGUAUCGCUGAGGCUGGUCUCUUCCCUGGUGUCAACUACUACCUCUCCUGUUGGUACAAGGGAUCCGAAAUCGGUGUUCGCUCUGCCGUCUUCUUCUCCGCCGCCGCUCUGGCCGGUUCCUUUGGCGGUCUCCUCGCCGCAGCCAUCGCCAAGAUGGACGGCAUCGGCGGCAAGCCCGGCUGGGCCUGGAUCUUCAUCAUUGAGGGCCUGGCCACCGUCUUUGUCGGAAUUUUCUGCUGGUGGAUGGUGUUCGACUGGCCCGAGGGCGCCCGAUUCCUGACUCCCGACGAGCGUAUCCGCGUCCAGCGCCGCCUCAUCGCCGACAAGCAGGGCCGCACCGCCGAGGACUUUGACAAGCGCCACAUCUACGCUGCCAUGACGGAUUGGAAGACGUACGGCUACAUGGUCAUCUACAUGGGCUGUCUCGUGCCCCUCUAUGCCUUCUCCCUCUUCCUGCCUACUAUUCUCCGUGGCAUGGGUCACCAAGGCACCAAGGCCCAGCUGCUUUCCGUUCCGCCUUACGCCGUUGCUGCCGCUCUCACCGUCACUGUUGGUAUCAUUGCCGAUAAGACCCGCUGGCGUGGAUACUGCAACGUCACGACUGUCACUAUUGGUAUUGUCGGAUUCGUCAUGCUCAUCUCCACGACCAACCCCAAGGUCCAGUACGCCGGAACCUUCCUCGGCGCCGCUGGUAUCUACCCGACCAUCUCAAACACCCUCUCCUGGGUCAUCAACAAUACCGAGGGUUCUCUCAAGCGCGCUUUCGUCCUGGGCAUGGUCGUUGGAUGGGGUAACCUCAACGGUGUUGUCUCCUCCAACAUUUACAUCAAGGCCGAGUCCCCUCGUUACCUCACUGGCCACGGUGUUGUCUUGGGCUACCAGAUUCUUUUCCUCCUUGGUGGGUCCAUCUUCAUGCACUUCGCGCUUAGAGUAUCCAACAGUCGCCGCAGAGCCGGCAAGAUGGAUGCCCAGUGGGCUGGCAUGACUGAUGAGCAGAGGUGGGUCGCUGGAGACAAGCGACCUGACUUCAUGUACACGCUCUAG